UUGGCUGGCGACCAGCGCCCGAGAGAACACCAACGGCGCCAUUUGUUUGGACGCGCUACGGAGUCGCUCCGUGUUGCAGGAAGGCUCUGUGAGAGAAAGGAUCACAGGGGUAUGCUGAGGAGACAACGCGACUAUGAGCUGAUUCCCAAUUGAGGCACCCGAGGAUCAUGCUGCGAGGAACAAUCACCAUCGCUUUGCGAAUCAAUAGGAAUACACAGCCGUCUCGUUCUAACGGCCUUUGAAUAUUGGAUCUAUCCCCCCGAUCCUGAAAAGAAGACGUCGACGAGCGGGUUAGAAUGUCUCUGAGCGCCAGCGCAGAGAAUUUGUCGUCCGAGGGACAAAAUAGCGAGAGAUGGAAUAUGUGCCUGGAAUUAGCGCUGGAGGGCGAACGCCUGUGCAAGGCCGGCGACUGCAAGUCCGGCGUGGCGUUUUUCCAGGCCGCGAUCCAGGCUGGCACAGACGAUUUGCGGACGUUAAGCGCGAUUUACAGUCAAUUGGGCAACGCGUACUUUUACCUGGGUGACUACGUCAAGGCGAUGCAAUAUCACAAGUUAGACCUAACGCUCGCCAGAAACAUGGGCGACAAAUUAGGUGAAGCUAAGUCUAGCGGAAAUUUGGGAAACACGUUGAAAGUUAUGGGCAAAUUCGACGAAGCCAUGAUAUGCUGCAAAAGGCAUCUGGAGAUAUCGAGAGAGAUCGGGGAUAAGCUCAGUGAAGGAAGAGCCCUUUACAAUCUAGGAAAUGUGUAUCACGCUAAGGGUAAACAGGCAAGUAGGAUAGGUCAUCAGGAUCCCGGAGAGUUCCCCGAGGAUGUUCGACAAUGUUUGCAACAGGCUGUGCGUUAUUACGAAGACAAUCUAGAGUUGAUGAGAGAACUGGAAGAUUCCGCGGCACAAGGUAGAGCGUGUGGUAACUUGGGCAAUACGUUUUACUUAUUGGGCGACUUCCAGCAGGCCAUUUAUUAUCACAAUGAACGAUUAAAAAUCGCCAGGGACUUUGGCGAUAAACCGGCCGAAAGAAGAGCCAAUAGCAAUCUAGGAAAUUCACACAUAUUCCUAGGCGAGUUCGAGAAAGCCGCGCAGCACUACAAGAGAACUUUAGUCCUCGCACAAGAGUUGGGCGAUCGCGAGGUGGAGGCGCAAGCAUGCUAUUCCUUGGGCAAUACAUACACUCUUCUACGCGACUAUCCGGCGGCUAUCGAGUACCAUUUGUGGCACUUGAGCAUAGCCCAGCAACUCAAGGACCGCGUCGGCGAAGGACGCGCUUGUUGGUCGCUGGGCAACGCGUACGCCGCGAUGGGUAAUCACGAGAAAGCAUUGCACUACGCGAAUCUGCAUCUGCACAUCUCGAAGGAACUGGAGGAUCAAAUGGGACAGGCCACCGCACAGAUGAACGUCGAUGACCUGCAGAAGAUCCUCGGCCUAGAGAAGAGCCAACAAGAGAGCAACAAAGAGAAUCUCAACACGCAACAGAAAGUCGCCGCGAACGCAACAUCGAACGUCUCAACGGCCACACCCUGCAGGUACAGACUCAGGCGGCAAAGUAUGGACAAUCUAGAUCUCAUCAAGCUCACACCUGACACCAAGCAAAAAGAUCAAUCGGAAGACAUGCUGCACAAAGGCGGCAAUGUCGCGUCGCAACAGAAGGAAGAAGACAAUUUCUUCGAUCUGCUGUCUCGCUUUCAGUCGGGCAGAAUGGACGAUCAACGUUGCGCGCUUAACACGAAGCACAACCCAAAAUACCGGACGAUCUCGCCGGAAACGUCCGAUAUAGAGGACAAAGACGGAGAAGAUUUACUAGAAUUAAUCGCCGGGAUGCAAAGCAAGCGGAUGGACGAGCAACGAGUGACAUUACCUUACCUGCCAGGACUGAAUACCAAUCAGGACGCAGACGAUUCUUUCAUCGAGAUGCUUGUCAAGUGCCAGAGUUCACGUUUGGAGGAUCAACGAAGUCCUCUGCCAGCCGCAUCAACAUUGCAAGACGCCGAGGAGGAAAGAGGUCGAAGGACCAACGGAAACGCUCAAUCAGGCUCCACCGUGCCCGAAGAGGAUCUUUUCGCCCUAAUCCAAAGACUUCAAGCCGGACGAAUGGAGGAUCAAAGAGCUUUCGGUCCCGGCAAGGCGUGUUAGACUUCCAGCAAACAGUGACUUAAUGAUAAGUCAUCAUGAUACGUUCCAUUAAUCGAAUUCCUUCGCCUUAUUUACUCUCGACUACCCUUGACCGAUUUUCUCACCGUUCACUCAUCAUCGCGAUGCUAUUUUCUCGAUUACUUGAUAGAAAAUCAAAGGCUGGAAUUAUAUGAACGGUUACUACAAUUUGGUUCCGGCGCGCGCGCAGCGCGGGUUCUCUUUCGAGCAGGCGAUGCCGACUCGAAAUACCUGAUUGCAAGAAUCAUGGUCAAGAAGCAUUACACAGAAAGCAAGAAUACUCUCUUAGGUGUUGCAGGAAAGUCAAUAAAAUCAGAACAAUACUUGUGAAAAUGAUGACUCGAAAAAGAUCGAAUUAAUUCUGUUUUUGUCAGUUGCUCUAAUACGAACAUACAAAUAUAUUAGAAAAUAUAAAAAGAUAUUAGAAAAUGUCAAGAAAUAUCUCUUUUGCUAUCUUUUCCUCUCUUUCUCUGCCUUAAAUAUAAGAAUUACUAGAAGAAUGAGCUGGUUUUUGCACUCAGGUCUUCGAUUCCGUUCGGAUUAAACUUAAUUGUAUAUUUAUGUAGACUGUUAUAUCUACAGUGGAGGACAAAUGAUAUUCUCGUAAUAUUCAGAAUAUUGAUACUCUCAAUAUUCCAAGACCGAUCCCUAGAAGUCAGUCGUUGGAGCACUAACAUGCUAUACCGUGUAGAUUCUUUAAUAAUGAAUCACUUAUAAUAGCGUAAGGCAUCGCGUUAUCGUCAGGAUGAGUGGAAAUCCUUAGAAAACAAGGGUGACUGGGUAAAUGAAACCUUUCGGAAUCCUCCAAGUUUUUGUAGAAAUAUACGUAUUUAAAGGAAACAAUCACAUACUCUCGUAACGGGACUCUCUUCCGCGCCUCGCUCGUCCAGCUGUUUUGCGCCAUUCAUUCAGGCAAUCGCUCUAACACAAAUCUAACGACGCGCGGUCGAUAAAAGUAAACUAAUAUUAAACACAAAUAACUUAUACACCUAAGAGAAUAGUGACGUAUGCGGAAAGUGUGUUUACAAUUGAAAAUAUCCUACAGUGAAUCUAAGCGAGCGACCGAAAGUCGAGCGAUGCUCGCAUGUGCGGGCGAAGUCCAAGUCUCUGCGUGAAUUCUCUGUAGCGCGGCGCGUUCAUUUCGUCGUCUGAUUGGCGAUCGCUCGCUCAGACCAGUUAAGUGACUUAUUAUUCAAGAAUUCAUACGGCGAGAAUUAGCGUAGCAUUUCAAAACUAGAGCACACAGAGUCGUGCGAAAACAUCACGGAACAAUGCGAUAAUGAACAACUCUUUCAUUGUCCGUCUAGUAAUAAUAACUGCCGUUAGGUCUUUUGGCUAUUCGAUCAAAUGAAUUACUACUAUUGAGUGAUUUGGUAGACACGCGAGCUACGUUCGAUAAAUAAGUUGUUUGUCAAUCGUAGAUGAGUCGCGAUUGUUAAGUGAAUAGUGCAAAUCUUUGCAGACUGACGACUUCGUGAUUUAUGUGACAUGCCAGUAGUUGUAGCGCAUCGUGAUUAGUAUUACAUCAAGAACAUCAUAAUAUCUGUUUCGUGCAGAGCUAUAAUUGCGCAUGCAGAACAUGUUUUACAAACACUGCCAAUUCGAGAAUGUGAAUUCUUUUCAGACAGUUUGUUCGUAGUAGACAUGCUGAAGACCCCUUAAUAUUUACUUCCGCGUUCUUUCACAAGAGCGUAUUUUUAUUAUUUUAUACAUAUAUAUACAUAUAUAUAUAUUUUUUGGUGCAUACUUCAAUUUACUUUUCCACGAGAAAAAGUGGGAUUAUUUUUUUAAAGAAUAUUACGUGUAGAUAUUAUAUAGUAGAUGAGAGAGAGAGAGAGAGAGAGAGAGAGAGAGAGAGAGAGAGAGAGAGAAAGAGAGAGAGAGGAAAGAAAGUAU